UGCAAGACGCCUGAUUAUUUCCAUCCUCUGAGCGCCUCGCUUCCCUGAUAUUAUGCCUCAGCUUGCCGAGCCCUUCGAUUCUCUAGGGCUCCCGAUAUUCCAGCGUGCUCGUCCCUGCUUCUGGCUCACGAGAAAGCUCAGCCAAGUGCGGUGACCGCAAGAAACUGCGUGCAAGCUUGUCAACUCUGGGAAGCGCAGUUCUCCCGCUGUAUCCUUGCUCCACCGUCAAAAUGGCCAGCUCCACGAAGCCAUCAACGAAGGUGCACCCUUCCUGGUAGCACUCGCGACCAUCAAACGUGACUUUCGGCGUGCGUAUAAAGUCGUGCAGCGUUCAAGCGAGAAUCGGUUUCCGACCUCCCUCCGACCACCCCACAGGAAACGUUCUUGCUCUUCAACAAGGACACCUCACACUCCCUCCCUCACUCCUUCCUUUGAACGACUUGACUACCCCUCUUAAUCGUUAUCAUGCAGUUCGCUCUGUUCUCCUCUGUUGUUCUGUCUGCUCUCGCUGCUGUCAGCGCUGUCCCCAUCAACGCUGCUGACGGCAACUCUCUCGUUGUCUGGUCGCCGAAGAUCACGUCUCCCACCGCUGAUACCACCUGGACCGCUGGUCAGCAAUACAACGUUACCUGGUCCACUGACGACGCUCCCGACGACAUCUCUAACGGCGGCUCUGUCGUGCUCGGCCAAAAGGAGACUCUCCUCAACGACCAGAAGCUCGCUGACGGCGUCGACCUUCGCGCCGGCUUCGUCACCGUCACUGCCCCCGACGUCAAGACCGGCAAGUACUUCGUUGACUUGUUCGGCGACUCCGGCAACUGGAGCCCCGAGUUCAAGAUCGACAACAAGGACAAGCCCGCCGGUCCCUUCGACUGGCUCUUCGGCUCUGCGUAAGCGCAACUGUCCUUCGCGUAAACACAGCUACACUCCGCGUACACCUUGCCAGCGGAAACUCACUGUACACUCGCGUACAUUAAUCCUCGGACAUUGUGCACCUGUCAUGACGACCCAGCAUCCCGAUAUCUCUUGUUCUACCGUGUUACCCAUGCGAACUUCCUGUGGACAUUACUACUUUGACUGUUGUGGAGGGUAGUGUAGCGUCAGUGUGCUGAAUGCCAUGCCUUCUUCGGAUCUGC